UCCUGCUCAGUGCUCAUUCUGGGUGUGGGAUUCAGCUGCUUUGUGUCUCGCCUGCUUCGUGUUUUAUUGUUUUUAACUUUUGGAGUCAGACUUUUGGUGUGCUGCUGUUCAGGUGUGCAGCAAUAUGGCAGAAUCCAAUGUUUCUUUGUGUCGGAGUCAGUUCAGCUGUUCAAUCUGUCUAGAUCUACUAAUGGAUCCAGUGGCCAUUCCCUGUGGACACAGUUACUGUAUGAGCUGCAUUACAGGCUGCUGGGAUCAGGAGGAUCAGAAGAGAGUCUACAGCUGCCCUCAGUGCAGACAGACCUUCACUCCAAGACCUGUUUUAGGUAAAAACACCAUGCUGGCUGAAGUGGUGGAGAAACUCAAGAAGAUGAAACUCCAAGCUGCACAACCUACUGAAUGUUAUGCUGGACCAGAUGAUGUGGAGUGUGACGUUUGUACUGAGAGAAAACACAAAGCUGUUAAGUCCUGUCUGGUGUGUCUGAACUCUUACUGUCAAAAUCACCUUGAACAACAUGAGAAUCUUUUCAAUGGUAAGAGACACAGUUUGAUGGAUGCCACUGGACGACUGCAGGAGAUGAUCUGUCCUCAACAUGAUAAACUGCUGGAGAUUUUCUGUCGUACUGAUCAACAAUGUAUAUGCUAUCUAUGUACAAUGGAUGAACACAAAAACCAUGACACUGUAUCAGCUACAGCAGAAAGGACUAAGAAACAGGCACAGUUGGAGGCGACACAGAAAACAAACCAGCAGAGAAUCCAGCAGAGAGAGAAGGAGCUUCAAGAGCUGAGAGAGACUGUGGAGUUUCACAAGCGCUCUGCACAGUCCGCAGUGGAGGACAGUGAGAGGAUCUUUACUGAGCUGAUCCGCUCCAUUGAGAGAAGCCGCUCUGAGGUGACACAGCUGAUCAGAGAUCAGGAAAAGGCUGCAGUGAGUCGAGCUGAAGGACUCUUGGAGCGACUGGAGCAGGAGAUUGCUGAUCUGAGGAAGAGAGACGCUGAGCUGGAGCAGCUUUCACACACAGAGGAUCACAUCCAUUUUCUUCAGACUUUCCAGUAUCUCUCUGACCCUCCUGCAUCUACAGACUUACCCAGCAUCACUGUCAGUUCUGUUGUUUCCUUUGAUGAAGUAGGAGAAUCUGUCUCUCAUCUUAGAGACAAACUGGAGCAUUUCUGCAUAGAGGAAAUAGAAAAGAUAACUGAUAGAGUAAAAUAUUUGGAGAUAAUUCCCACCCCUGAAUACAAGACCAGAGACGAGUUCCUUCAAUAUUUUUGCAGGUUCACCCUGGAUUCAAACACGGCACAUAGAAGCCUUUGUCUGUCUCAGGGGAAAAGAGAGGUUACAUGCAGUGAUGAAUACCAACAGUAUCCUGAUCAUCCAGACAGAUUUGAUGAUAGUUUUCAGGUGCUGUGUAGAGAGAGUGUGAGUGGACGCUGUUACUGGGAGGUUGAGUGGAGUCAGAGUGAUGGGAUGGAAAUUUCAGUGUCAUAUAAGAGCAUCAGCAGAAAAGGAGAUGAUGAGGAGUGUGUGUUUGGGUUCAAUGAUCAAUCAUGGAGUUUGUACUGCUCUGAAUCCAGAUGCACAUUCUGGCACAAUAACAUAGAGACUGAACUCCCUGUAGUCUCCAGCUCCUCUAGAAUUGGAGUGUAUCUGGAUCACAGUGCUGGAAUUCUGUCCUUCUACACCGUCUCUGACACAAUGACCCUCAUCCACAGAGUCCACACCACAUUCACUCAGCCUCUCUAUCCUGGGUUUGGACUAGUUUCUGGUUCAGCAGUUAAAUUGUGUGGCUUAACAGUGAUUACUGAGUCAAGAUGAUUGUCUUAAAAAUGAUCUUAUUUUUUAAUAAAACAAAUCUAAAACAUGUCAGAUAUAAUAUCCUCAUCAUAAUAAUCUAAAAUGGAUGUAGUGUAAAAAUGAAAAAUAAAUGUGGCGAAAUCUUCAUUGACACCUACAGUACAAAUAAUUUCACAAUGUAGGCUGAAUGUAUUUACAGAAAUGUAAAUAAAACAAAUUGAAUGC